UUGUGGUAGACAAACAAACAAAUUAUGCCGAGAUAAACAAGCUUUUGCCUUCUUGACCCACUUGAUGGGGUCUUUAUCGUCUCGAGCAGUCGCGUGCAGCCCCUCCCCUCACCACGCGCUUGACACACAUACACACAAACGCGCACUACAAACAUGGCGGAUAAACACUAAACCUCACGUUUGAGAAAUUACACUAAAAUCUUUCCGCACAAGGUAAAAAGUCCCCUUACUACCGUCCGUAACAAUCGCGAAGCAGCUACGACAUCACGUCAUAACUUGAGUUGGCAAACAUUUAGAGGAAAAGGCACAACAUGUGACUCAGAGUUGCUGCACGUUAGCAUUUAGCUAAUGUUUUCUGUACACACACUAGAAGUGUAAUUUUGCCCUACGACAACUUUUGACUGAAAUGUGUGUGGUUGUAAGUUAUGACUGAGAGCAAUGUAAUUUAAAUAAGUAACGUUAAAAAAAGUCAUGCAUGUUGUGAUGCUAAGUAGCAUAUAGCAACAUAUGUUAUUCAUUGAGUAACGUAUGCAUGUACAGUAUGCCGUUUAAAAAGUUGAUUAUUUUAAACUGUCGGAUGCGCGUAAACGAUCUCUUGGGGGAUUUCCGCGUUUUAAAUGAACAAACAGCAAAUAAUAAUAUUUUGUUGGAGGUGUAAAGUUAGGAGAGAAUGAUGCGCUGCCCUGUCAUUUAUGGAGAGGGAGGGACCGUGUGUUUGGCGCUCAAAGGCGCUCUGCUUUUGAACAGAGACUUGAAAAACUGGGAGACAGGAGCCAUCUUUCAAAACAGAUAUGCGUUACUAAGGAGUAUUCAUAGAGGUUGAAUAAGGUGGACCAUGAAGAAACCUGUACCACAGAAAGCUGUUGAGUGGAAAGAUGGCAGGAGGAUCAAGCACCCUCGCAGUGGUCGCCCGUCGCGAGUGCAAUCCCAGUAUCAAGGGCAUUUUAGCUGGGAGAAGUACCUGAAAGAGACCGGAGCAAUCGCGGCACCUGCUCACUGCUUCAGACAGAGCACCACUCCUCCUGUAAAUGAGUUUAAGGCGGGUAUGAAGCUGGAAGCUCAGGACCCAAGAAACACUACAUCCACCUGCAUCGCCACUGUGGUGGGCCUGACAGGCUCUCGUCUCCGCCUGCGACUAGAUGGCAGCGACAACAAGAAUGACUUCUGGCGCCUUGUAGACUCCUCAGAAAUCCAACCCAUUGGGAGUUGCGAGAAGAACGGAGGCAUGCUGCAGCCACCACUCGGGUUUCGUCUGAAUGCCUCUUCAUGGCCCAUGUUCUUACUAAAAACACUCAAUGGAGCAGAAAUGGCGCCAGCUCGAAUCUUUCACAAGGAGGAGCCGCCAGCUCCAGAGCAAAACUCUUUUCAGGUGGGAAUGAAGCUGGAGGCAGUGGACAGGAAGAACCCUCACUUCAUCUGUCCCGCCACGGUGGGCGAGGUGCGAGGCGUGGAGGUGCUGGUCACCUUCGACGGCUGGCGAGGCGCCUUCGAUUACUACUGCCGUUACGACUCCAGAGACAUCUUCCCUGUGGGCUGGUGUGCACUUACUGGAGACAACCUUCAGCCACCAGGCACAAAAGCAUUCGGGGUACCGAAGACAUUGGGUGCACCUGGUCUGCUUCCGGAUAGUAGCGUAGAGGGGACAGGCACGCCCCCUACACCAGGCAGACCGCCACCCCAGAAAAAACGUAAACCCGGCCGCAAGAAAACCAAACUAUCCGGACCGUGGGGUCAAAAGGGAAUGAUUGGUUCCCAGAUUGGAAAAGAACUGGAAACGAUUCAAAUCCCCAAAAAGCGAGGCCCCAAACCAGGAAGCAAGCUGGGUUGGGCCAAAAGGGCCGCGUGGCUGGAGGGCGCUAUUGCUGGUCCAGGUAGACCCAGAGGCAGACUGCCAGCCAACUGGGCCCAAAAAGUACAGCUGGACCAGACAGAACCCAUCAAGAUACCAAAAAAGAGAGGACCCAAACCGGGCAGCAAGAGAAAGCCCAGAUUGAUGCCCAACCCUAUGCCCACCUCCCCAAGCAGUAGCACUCCAGAACCCGACACCAGCUCGGUUCCGCUGGACAAUGCCACCAUUCCUAGCGCCGCCCUACAGGCACCUACAGUUUGUGUGUACUUAAAUAAGUAUGGGAAGGUGGGUCCCCACCUGGACGCACGGCGAAUCCAGUCUCUGCCAGACCACUUCGGGCCAGGCCGAGCGUCGUCUGUGCUGCAACAGUGUGUUCAGGCCUGUGUGGACUGUGCACAUAACCAGAGCGUCAUCUUCUCCUGUCUCAAACCAGGCCAUGGAGGAGAGCUCAUAUCAGCCUACUUUGAGCAGCAGCACCACACUCUGGCGCUGCCGGCGGUGAACAGCGUGACAUACGUGCUGCGAUUUCUGGAGAAACUUUGUCAUAACCUGCACUGUGACCCAUUGUUUGGCAGCCAGCCUGUCCUUCUGGGAGGAGUUCACUACGACAGCAGAACUUACACAGAGAGGAGAACCUUCACAGAAAGUCUGUGCCCUGGACCUGGUCGAGGAACUAAGAGGUUUCUCCAGCCCGACCCCUACGCCAACAAUCCUAUACCGCUCAAAAUAGCCAAAACUCGCCUCUCCUCAGAAGAGCCUUUUCUGAUGGAGAAUGGGAUCGGCAGCUCAGAUGUCUUGGAGAAAACACACUUGUCUCCCGGACACAUACGUCCGCUUUCUCAGAACAGUAGCUCACCAGGACAGCUACAUCGCCUGGGAUCAACAGGUUCAGAGCGCUUCCUGAGCUCAAGAGAAAGCCCACGGCCCAGCGGGCAGGACCCCAACUUGUGGACGGUGGAGGAUGUUAUGCAGUUCAUCAGAGACAUCGACCCUCAGCUCGGACCACACGCAGACCUCUUCCGCAAACACGAAAUUGAUGGCAAAGCUCUACUCCUGCUCCGCAGUGAUGUCAUGAUGAAAUAUAUGGGGCUGAAGUUGGGUCCUGCACUCAAACUCGCCUUCCAUAUUGACAGACUGAAACAGGGCCGUUGAGUUUCUGUCACACCCUCAUCCUCUACCCCUUCCAAGCACAUUUCAAGAUGCACGGCAUGCUGGGAUCCAUAUGUCCCCCAGCAGUACUGUAGCAAGGGUCGGCAAGCUUUCGAGCUCCGGCCACAUUUAUUUUUUCUCUCCAUUCAUUUCGUAUACUUCUCGGUUUUUCUGUUAUGUCUUUAUGACCUUUAAUGUUCAUAAUUGUUCUCUUGUCAUAUUCAUGGUUAUCUAGGUAUCGUUUCAGAACAUAUCACAUGUUUGUGGCCUUGCCAAGGAAUAGACUGGAGUUGGACUGUAUAUAGGCCUUUUUAGGCCUCAAUUUUUAUGUUGUACAAUUAAUCGUAAUGUCUAUUUUUUCAGCCCACAUCAGUCAGGGUGUUUGUGGCUUAAUACUAGUUUUCAUUAAUUCACUUCAGACAAACACUAGACCACACCCGACUUUUACCUCUUGCAGAGACCAUAACCCAUCUGACAAACAGUACUUUAUAUACCAUCCAAGGUGCCGUUUAGGGGUGUAACGAUACUUCGUACUACGAUAUUAAGCGAUGCGGAUCAAAGAGAGAUGGGGAUAUUUUACGAUAUGAUGUUUAAUUGUAUUCGUUGAGCGGUCAAGACGCUACCUACUCUGCGCCAGCGCGUCACGUGUGCUUAUCUCACAUAUGCGCUAGAGAGAGAAGCACGAGACACAAUCUGUGUCUCCAAGUGGUUUACAAAGCGUCAUAUUUUCCCUCACAAUCGCAUUAUUUAUUUUCCCUCACAAUGUGUAAAACACAGCAAACUUGACGCGUGACUGCAGGCGAGUCACCCCGAAACUCAUUAGAAAGGCAGCACAAACGUGUUUAAAUGCCAAUGUUCGGUUAUCCGCUGACGUGAGCUGCUGCGUAACGUGAUAUGAACAUUAAGUACGCCAAAAGAAACCAGCGCUGUUCUGAUCAGAGAAGCGAUGAAGUGAGUCGUACUGUAGAUUAAAAGAUCAAAUGACAUGCUAAAAAUCGAACCAAGUAUGUGAUCUGCAUGAUUGAAGAAAUGUAAUACAGGUUAUGUAAUACGUCUUUUUGAAAGAUUUUUCUCGUUCAUUACUGUCUCCAGCAAAGACAGCGCAGCUUCAAAGAGACACGAGCCAAUAGCGCUUGAGCGUGAGCUCUGUCAGGGCGUUUCAUUGGUUGAAUGUACUGAACACGCCCUUCACUGAACGAACGAGUCAAAAUGAGACUGAAUGAACUGCUACAUGUCGUUCAUGGUCUAAUAUUCUCUGUUACAACAAUGCAUAUCCAGUAGUUACUGAACUUUUCUGAAAAAUAAAGGUAAUGACCUGGUUUAAUUUAAUUCUAAGGUAAAGUAAAUGAUGUCGAAACAGUUAAAUCUUUGUAUGGAACAUUUAAUUACACCAUUUAAAUUAGUUAAACCAGAUAGAUUUUAGUAGACUAAAUAUAAUGUAGAUUUUGUCGACUAAAACUAAAUUGCAUUUUAGUCAAAAGACUAUGACUAAACCUAAAUCAAAAUUGACACUGAUCUUAAUUCUAAUUUCAGUUAAGCCUUAAAAUGUUAAAAUUCUUUAUUAAGUUGUAAGUGCAACAAAAAAAGUUACUGAAAUUGUUAAUAUUUUAAAAAGUAAAUGUUAUUUGAAUUUCAGUUUCAUUUUUUAUUUUGUUCAAAAUAUCGAGAUGUGUAUCGUAUUGUGAGCUGAGUGUAUCGUUACACCCCUAGUGCCGUUACACUAGACUUCGUGUGUACAAAUUACUUCAACCCUCACAACAAAUAUGUUAACAGGAUACUUCACGUUCUGUGGCUCUUGUUUUAAUUAAAUCCUUUGAUGUUCUUUUUGUCAUACAAAAUUGCAGGCCAGACCUCGGUACAUUGGAAACUUUUUCGCUCGCCUCACACAUUUGUGUGAAUGAAAGUGAGGGGAACGCAAAGUCUAGUGUGACGACACAUUUACUGCUAUUAAACUCUGUCUGCAUUUUAUAUUGUAUUGAUGUUUACAUUGUCUCUCUUUGUUGUUUGUACUUUUGAAGUCUUUAUACAAUAUGGUUGAGUUCAUACAUCGAGAGCGUUAUACUCGAUGAGCUUCGAAUAAAAAUGAAGUGUUCUUUGCAGCUAUUUUCUGUAGGUUCUUCCACAUUUUUCAGAUCAGAUUAGUUGCUAUGCAAUCCGUAUCUUCAUAUUUUAUGUACAGGCACCAGAACUGUUCUUUGCUCGAUUAGAUUUGCUUGAUAUACUACUAUCUACCAUAAAUCACUGUUGUAUGAUAC